AUGCAGGCCAUCCGAUCCUCUCUCCGCACCCGCGCAGCCGUCGCAGCUGCUCGUUCCUUCAGCACAUCGCCCACCCACUCCGUCGCACGCCUCAUUGUCACCGGUCGUUUAGCUGCCGAGCCUGAGAUCCAGGCCACAUCCACCGGUCAAGAUGUCGUCAAGUACGUCGUCGGAACCUCAUAUGGACCCAAGGACAACCGUCAAACAAGCUGGUUCCGUAUUGCGAGCUUCCAGCCCGAGGGUCCCAGUCGCGACCAUCUCUUGAGUCUUCAGAAGGGAACCCUAGUCUACGUCGAAGGUGAUGCCAGCGUGCGUGUCUACGAAGACGCCGAGGGCAAGAAACAAUCCAGCUUGAACAUUGUGCAACGAACACUCGAAGUCCUCAAGCGUCCCCAAACUGGCAACGAGGCCGGCAGCGAGGGAACUCAGUAA